AUGAGCUUUUGUGUUGAUCAGUUCAAUCGUGGGAAUGCAAAGGCUGAUGUAGGAGUGAUUCUUGAUCUCGAUACGACUCUCGGAAAGAUGUACAUGACUUGCAUAUCCAUGGCGAUCGAAGAUAGAAACGCCAACCACAGCCAUACCACCAUGAUUGUGCCUCAUUUCAGGGAUUCGAGGGGUGAUGUUGUUGGUGCAGCUUCUGCUGCUAUAGAAACCCUUGGCCCACAAAAGUCCAUUCAAGCAGACUUUGUGAUUGAUAUCGGUGACAGAGAGAGAGUUCCGAUUAUAUCUCCAGCAACGAGCCCGGCUCUGCCCCUUAAGGAAACGCCAUACUUCAUUAGAUCAGCAUGGUGCUCUUCUUCUCAAGCUAAAGCAAUUGCAGCAGUUGUAAAAGCUUUUGGUUGGAAGGAAGUUGUGCUUGUCUAUGAAAAUACCAUUUAUGGGAGUGGAUUGUUACCUUAUUUAACUGUAAAUCUACUACAAAGCAAUGUUGUUAUCUCAAAUCUGAGUUUUAUCCCUCCUUAUGCUAAUGAUGAUCAAGUUCUUCAACAACUCUUUAACUUGAAGGAGAUGCAGACGAAGGUCUUGAAUGUGCAUAUGCCGCCAGACAUUGCGUCUCGCUUCUUCCAAAUGGCAAAAGAAGUUGGGAUGAUGACGGAGGGGUAUGCUUGGUUGAUUUCUGAUCCAUUAACCAGUUUACUGAGUUGUGUGGAUUCGGUCACUACUGAAGCGAUGCAGGGUGUACUCGGUGUGAAGGCCUUGGUUCCAAGAUCCGAGGAGGUUAUAAGAUUCGCUAAGAGAUGGAGUAAGAGGUUUCGUGAAGAGAAUCCAAAUAUUGAGAGAGCAGAACUCAAUGUUUUUGGACUGUGGGCAUAUGACGACACCUCAGCUUUAGCAGAAGCAAUUGAACGAGUUGGACUUCCGAACCAACGAGCUAACAGAGGAAAUUUAGCACUUGCUUCUAUUCUUAGAAACUUCACCUCCAAAGGGUUGAGCUGCGAUUUCAAUAUAACUAAUGGUCAGUUGCAAUCGUCUGCAUUUGAGAUAGUGAAUGUAAUUGGGAAAGGAGACAACACUGUUGGAUUUUGGACUGAGAAGUAUGGGAUUUCAAAGGAACUAAAGUUAAAUGGUGAUAAGCCAGUUUACUCCACAAGAAAGGUAAAUCUUCGAGGCAUCUUGUGGCCAGGACAAACAAGCAAUGUGCCUAAAGGUUGGGAGAUUCCAACAAGUGGGAAGAAGUUGAGAGUUGGAGUUCCUGUCAAAGACGGAUUCAAUGAAUUUGUCAAGGUUGCGUGGAAUCAAGAAACUAAUGUUGUCGAGGCAAGUGGUUUUUGCAUCGAUAUUUUUGAGGAAGUCAUCAGAUCAAUGCCGUAUGCUGUUAUAUUUGAGUAUAUUCCUUUUCCAACCACAGAUGGCCGGAGUACUGAAUAUUACGACGAUCUUGUGUAUCAAAUAUAUCUUGAUAAAUACGACGCUGUUGUUGGAGAUGUGACCAUUUUAGCUAACAGAUCAAAGUACGUCGAUUUUGCCUUCCCUUACAUAGAAUCCGGUGUUGCCACUGUUGUCCCAAUCAAGGAUGUCGAGAGGAAGAAUGCUUGGAUAUUCAUGAAACCUCUAACAGCCGGCCUAUGGCUAACCAUUGGGGCAUUUUUCAUCUUCAUCGGAUGUGUCGUGUGGGUUCUUGAGCAUCGUGUAAAUAAACAUUUCCAAGGUCCGCCUAGCAAGCAAGUUGGGAUGAUCUUCUGGUUCUCUUUCUCAACACUUGUUUAUGCACAUAGGGAGAAAGUGAAGAGCAACUUAACAAGAUUUGUGGUGAUUGUAUGGGUGUUUGUGGUGCUGGAUUUGACGUCGAGUUACACUGCAAACUUGGCAUCCAUGUUAACAAUGCAACAGUUCAAGUCCACAUACAUGAUAAUGAAGGGAGAAUACGUCGGCUUCCAAACUGGCUCCCUAAUCACUGGAUUUUCCAACAGUGUAAUAUUGGGCGAUUACAACAUCAGAUCAUAUAGCUCGUUCGAGGAAUAUGACAAGGGCCUCUCCCAAGGUACCAGAAACGGAGGAGUAGCUGCAAUCGUUGAUGAAAUUCCUUACCUCAGGCUCUUCCUUAGCAUGUAUACCAUGAUUGAUCAGAAAUACAUAAGGACUUCCAGUUUCGGAUUUGCAUUUAGAAAGGGUUCACCACUAGUGUCCGAUUUUUCAACCGCAAUAUUGAGGCUUAAAGAAGAUGGGAAGAUCGAUACGAUUGCAAGACGAUGGCUUGGACCAGAAGGCCGCUAUGGUGAUGGCUUAGAAAGCCUUGAUUUGGAUCAUUUUACUGGUCCUUUUCUCAUUGUAGGGGUGUCAUCAUCAACAGCUCUAGCUAUAUUCUUCUCCACAUUCCUUUAUCAGAAUCAGCAAAUAUUAGCCUCCUCGGGUUCGAUCAAGGAAAAGCUUCAUGAUCUUGGUAGAGCCUUUUUUGCUAAGGAAAAAGAUGAUACAUCAAAGCAUUCAGAAACUAGUGGAGAAAUAGUUUUAGCACAAAGUCCAUCAAUCAAGACUUCAUGUGAUAAAAAAGGGAUGCAUUUCCAAGAUGAAAGGCUCUCGCAAUACAGAUAG